GGAAUGGAUUGCCGGCGUCGUCAUCAUCGUCGCAAAUUGUCACUGGCUCGAUACGCGUCGCUGAGGCGAGACACGCACCGGCCUCUGUCUCGCUCACCGGGAAGUCACAGGCACCGCAACCGCGAAAGCAAACACCUCUGGCUACCGAUGAGGACGGGGGGUAUGCCGUACCCCCGCGGCUAAGUCCCGCGUCCGAGCUUGAUGCCGAGGAAAGUGAGGAGGAUGAUGACGAGGUGCCGGAACAGGCUGCGGCGUCGCCUGUUGUGGCAGCUGCUGCGGAGGCGGCGGACGUUAAUAAGCUUAUGCUGGCACGGGGGCAGGGCGGGGAGGAUGUUGUGCCGUCUUCCGACCCCCUCGACAACGAAUCGGUUGAUAAGGAGACGUUCGUUGAUCCCGACUCGGGGCAUGACGCCCAUCAGCCGCUUGAUUCGCAAGUCCCACAGGAUUUGGACUUUGCUUCUCUGCGCCAACAGCACGAUAUGGCCUUGAUGGCGCAAGACCCACUAUUCUCGUCGCGAUCGGUGACGGGCGCCAACACCAACCAUCUCGUACUCGGCCGCCACCCCAUGAGCAACGGGCCGGCACUUGACAUAUCUCGGGACAGUCUCGACAGCGCCGCGAUGCUCGGCGCGGAGAACAUCAAACUCGAGUCUAUUGAUACACCGAUUCCCGCGCCAGACAAACGCAGCAACAACGCCUCCGUCCCAUUCGGCAGCACCACCAGCAUCGCAGACUCCACCGCCCUCCCCUUCCCAUCCCCCAUCCGCCUCGACCUCGCCCCCCGCCCCUACGCCCCCCAACACGCCUACAUGCCCGAUUUCCCCCCUGGCCCGGCGCCGCACCACCACAUGAUCAUCGACACUCGGCAACACCAUAUGGUCGUGCUCGAAAAAAACGAGAUUGAGAAACAGCUCAUGGCGGCUAAGGGUUGUAUUGAUGAUUUGUUCCAGGAGUAUGUGCGGUUGGAGAGGGAGAAUCGGUUUUUGAGGGAUGGGGCGGGAUAUACCUCUUCUCAGGAGCAGCAGCAGGCGUAUCUCGGUAACGGCAGUCAGCGACUCUUACCGAGACGGAUACCACAUCAUCAUGUGCCACAUGACGGGAUCAACAACAGCAUCCCGUUCCCGCGCAGCAGCACCAGCGGUGAACCCGCGCAGGACCCGUUGUCGUCACGGGUCGAGUUUCAUCAGCAGAGACUGUUGGUACCACAACACCAACAGCUACAGCCGCAGCAACAGCAGCAACAGCAACAGCAACAGCAAUCGAGUGAAUUUGACAACACGGCUUUACACAGUUUUGGAACGCACGGGUUUGACAGCAACGCGGAGACGGUGUCGCUCAAGGCGUUAGCGAUGCAUGCCGCGGAUACGGCGAAGAGUGCGGGCCGGGGGUCGCCGCCGCAGGAGGACACGAUUGCGGGGUCACUGAGGGCGAGUAUCGCCACUUUGUCGGCACCGGCGGGCGGGAAUGGGAUCCAUGGGAUCCCAGCAUCGACGCCAAUGGACUCGCACGCCUCGCAAUGGCGGUAUCAUCCGCAGAUGUAUGCCAUUACCAAUGCCGUGUCCAUCGGCACCAGCAGCAGCAGCGCAACAACAGCAACAACGACCCUUCCACCCGCCACCACCACGACCGAGGACAGCAGCCUCCCCCCAUCAACAGCACCUCAACAACAAGAACAACAAGAUAUCUACACAGAAAACGAACGCCUGAAACGCGAGCUUGCACACGUGCGUGAGCUGCUUAAACGACGGAACGUGGAGUAUAUGAGGUUGGAUGCGGUGCAUAAGAGUUGUGGGGUGCUGCAAGGGUUGUUGGCUAUGUGUGAGUAGGGGAUGAGGGGAUGGGGAACGGGGGAGAGCAGUAGGGUAGUUGAUAGGGCGAUGAGCCGCGUCGAGGAGGCUCUGUAAAUAUGGCCGUGUCCUUGUUUUCGUGCGAGGGACGGAGUACCGGAUGGACCCACACACCUACCGACAACCCUGGGCUACGUAGA